UUUUGCAGUUAUUUUUGUGUCGUGUGGAACACAAAGAAACUGUUAGAAAAUUAACUUUUAAUUCAAAAAUUUCCCGAUUGUCUAUUUAGGAGUUUAAAUUUAGCUUUUUGUCAGCGCCUCGCAGGAUGGCAGCAGCUGCCCGCGAUCUGUCCCCACUCAGGAUAAUUACACGCCCGUGGUCCGCCCUCAUUUCUGCUUCCAACAGUACACUUGGAAGGAAACUUUUGUGUUUUUUUUUUUCCUCUCUCGGCGUCCCGUACGCGUCUGUGAGGAUGAGAAAGUUUAUUAUUCCCGUCGGAUUAGACUAUUUUACUCAUUAGUUUGUGAUUUUCCGUAUCAAUUUUACAAAAACUUGAUAAUCAUGUUGCGGAUUUUGGUAGAAUCAGCCGCAGGUCUGCCAAAAAAGACGCUUGGAAGUCCUGAUCCCAUCACGACAGUGAUAUUUCGAGAGGAAAAGAAAAAAACAAAUGUUAUUGACAAUGAGGUGAAUCCAGUAUGGAACGAGCUCCUUGAGUUUAACCUAAAAGGAGCCGCACUGGAACCCAACUCCCACAUCGAUGUGAUUGUGAAAGACUCAGAGACCUUUGGGAAAAAUAAAUUCAUCGGUUCAACAAGAAUUCCUUUAAGAGAGCUUGCCUCUGGUCAACUUCGAUCACUACCGUCCAAAAAUGUGCCUCUGGUGGAUGAGAGUGGCCACAAUAUUGGUGCGACUGUUAACCUCACCAUUGGCUAUGAUCCUCCACUCAAAGCUAACUCCAAUGCAGAUGAAUCCAAUGAUGGUGAUUCUACUGUGGAUUCUGGUGGUGGAGAUCAAGGUGAGGAGAUGGUACCCGACGGGGUCCCGGGUGGUCCUGCGACCACUCCCUCCGCUGGGGGUCAUUCGGCGAGCAUUCGCAGGCGAAUUGCAAGGUCGCAGAAUCGACACCGGCUUGUCAAUAAACCUCAAGACUUCCAGAUCCGCAUCCGUCUCAUCGAGGCCCGUCAGUUGCCAGGCAACAACAUCAAGCCAGUAGUCAAAGUGCAGGUGUGCGGACAGACCCAUAGGACGAGGAUUAAGCGGGGAAACAACCCGUUCUUUGACGAGAUGUUUUUCUAUAAUGUCCACAUGCUUCCAUCAGAACUAUUUGAACAGAACAUCAAUUUCUGGGUUUAUAAUUCCUACUCCCUGAGGGCUGACAGUCUAAUGGGAGAAUUUAAGCUUGAUGUUGGCUAUGUGUAUGAUGAAGCGGGUCACUGUGUCAUGAGGAAGUGGUUGCUCCUGAAUGAUCCGGAUGACUCCAGCUCAGGAGCAAAAGGCUACCUGAAAGUCAGUCUUUUUGUGAUGGGCAUCGGUGAUGAGCAGCCGUCAGAAAAGAGGGACUCUAAUGACGACCAAGAUGACAUUGAAAGCAACUUGCUGCUCCCAGCCGGUGUCACGUUACGAUGGGCCACGUUGUCGCUGAAAGUAUUUAGGGCGGAAGACAUCCCGCAAAUGGAUGAUGCAUUCAUCCAGUCACUGAAGGAGGUGUUUGGAGGAAAUAAAAAUAAGAAAAAUCUGGUGGAUCCUUUCUUAGAAGCUCGUUUCGCUGGCAAAAAGCUACGGACUGAGAUCAUAGAGAAGAAUGCAAACCCAGAGUGGAACCAAGUGUUGAAUCUACAAGUCAAGUUCCCCUCUAUGUGUGAGCGUGUCAAACUGACAGUGUUUGAUUGGGAUCGCGUGACUGGGAAUGAUGCUGUUGGCACCACAUACCUCAACCUGGCCAAAAUAGCCUCCUCUGGGGGAGAAAUUGAAGAGGAACAUGCAGGAAAUACGGAAGUGUCAUCAUUUGAAGCUGGAACGGGAGAGUCAGAGGUUGGUUUCCUGCCUGUUUUUGGUCCCUGCUACAUCAACCUGUAUGGUAGCCCCAGAGAGUUCACUGGACUGCCGGAUCCUUACGAGGAUCUGAAUUUGGGGAAGGGUGAAGGAGUAGCCUACAGAGGGAGGGUCCUUGUUGAGAUGUCCACCAAGUUGGAGGGCAAAGUUGACAAAGCAGUAGACGGCAUCCCUAGUGAUGACAUCUUGGUAGUGCAGAAGUACCAAAGGAGAAGAAAGUACUGUCUCUGUGCAGUCUUCCACAGUGCCUCAAUGAUACAGGAACCAGGGGAGCCGAUCCAGUUUGAAGUCAGCAUCGGUAACUACGGUAACAAACUUGACACCACCUGCAAACCACUGGCCUCUACCACACAGUAUAGCUGUGCUGUGUUUGAUGGUAACCACUAUUAUUACCUGCCGUGGGCGGCUACCAAGCCAGUCGUUGUGGUCACCUCAUUCUGGGAGGACAUAAGCCACCGCAUGGACACAGUCAAUAUCAUCAUGUACAUCCUUCACCGAUUGCAAUCUAACCUUGAACUCUUUCGAACGGCUGUGUCAGCUAAAGCGCCCGACAACCAACUAACUGCGGUGUGGGUGAAGUUGCUAAGUCAGCUAAUUGAAGACCUAGAAAAUUUCCCAACACCAGAGCUGGAGGGCCGCUCCAAUUUGACUUCCCUGGACAUCCAGCUCAAGAAGCUUCGAGACAGUGGCUUGAAAAGCAUCAACCAAGCGGCCAGACGCAUGAGAGAGGAAGCCCAAGACCUCCCUGACACUAUGGCCGACAUUGAGUCAUGGGUGGACAAACUCGCAAUGCUUGCCGAAGAGCCCCAGAACAGCAUGCCCGAUGUAAUCAUUUGGAUGCUUCGUGGUGAAAGGAGGGUAGCGUACACACGCAUACCGGCCCACCAAAUCCUCUAUUCCACAUAUAGUGAGGAGGCUUGUGGGCAAUACUGUGGCAAAACCCGCAACAUCUUUUUAAAGUACCCAAUGGACAAAAACAAAGGAUUGAAGGUGCCUGUUCAGAUCAGAGUCAACAUGUGGCUGGGUUUGUCUGCACAUGAAAAGAAGUUCAACUCCUUCUCGGAGGGAACCUUCAGUGUGUUUGCAGAGCUGUACGAGAACCAAGCCAGUAUGUUUGGAAAGUGGGGAACCACAGGACUGGUGGGGCGCCAUAAAUUCUCUGACGUAACAGGCAACCUAAAGCUGAAAAAGGAGUACUUCAUGCCCCCCAGAGGAUGGGAGUGGGAGUCAGACUGGUUUAUUGACCCAGAGAAAGCUCUCUUAACUGAAGCGGAUGCGGGACACACUGAAUUCAUGGAUGAGGUUUUCCAAAAUGAGACGCGCUUCCCUGGUGGAGAGUGGAAAGCGGCCUCCGAGCCCUUCACUGAUGUGAAUGGUGAGAAGAACCGAAAUCCAUCGGAGUUUGAUUGUCCCCCUGGUUGGAUCUGGGAGGAUGAGUGGACAGUUGAUGACAACAGAGCUGUGGAUGAUCAAGGAUGGGAAUAUGGACUGACCAUUCCACCAGAUGACAAGCCUCGGUCAUGGGUGCCAGCAGAGAAGGUGUACCACGUCCACCGUAGGAGACGUCUAGUUCGACCUCGCAAGAGAGCCGCACUUCCUGCAGGCACAGCUGUGGAGAAGCGGGACCAAGGAGAUCCGGAGGGUUGGGAAUUUUCGUCACUGAUCGGCUGGAAGUUCCACAGGAAGGAACGGUCGUCAGAUACGUUUCGUCGGAGGAGGUGGAGGAGAAAGAUGGCGCCAGAAGACCGCUUGGGAGCAUCGGCCAUCUUCAAACUGGAGGGUGCACUGGGUGUUGAUACGGAGGAGAAAGAGAAAAGCUCCAAGGGUGAUGUCACUAAGAUGUUUGGUGCUAACACACCCACUGUGUCCUGCUCUUUAGACAGGUCAUGUAUGUAUCACCUCCGUGUUUAUGUCUACCAGGCAAGAAACAUGACAUCUAUGGAUAAAGACAGUUUUUCUGAUCCCUACGCCCACGUCUCCUUUCUACAUUUAAGUAAGACAACAGAGAAGUUGCGUGCGACAUUAAACCCAACCUGGGACCAGACUCUGAUUUUUAACCAUGUGGAAAUUUACGGGGACCCGCACGCUCUUGCACAACAUCCCCCUGAUGUGGUCAUAGAAUUCUACGACCAUGACCAAGUGGGCAAGGACGAGCUGCUGGGUCGGUGUGUUUGCGUUCCACUGGUGAAGAUGAACGCUAGCAUGGAUCAGACACCCAAACUGCUUUGGCAUCCCAUCAUGCAAAGGGGGCGCGAGGAAGGGGAGGCGCUGAUUGCCGCUGAACUUAUCCUUAAAGAUAAGUCAGGAGAGUCUGAUCUUCCACUGGUUCCCCCAAAGAGGGCAGAGAACCUCUACAUGGUUCCACAGGGAAUCAGACCCAUUGUGCAGCUCACUGCAGUUGAGAUUCUAGCAUGGGGUCUGAGAAACAUGAAGCCAUAUCAGCUGGCAACAGUGUCCUCACCCAGUCUAGUGGUGGAGUGUGGCGGACAGAGGGUGGAAUCUGCAGUCAUCAGGAACAUGAAAAAAAGCCCCAACUUCCCCAGUUCGGUCCUCUUCAUCAAAGUGCUCCUACCAAAGGAUGAGAUGUACGCUCCUCCAAUUGUGCUGAAGGUGAUUGACCACCGUCCAUUCGGCAGGAAACCGGUGGUGGGCCAAUGCACCAUCACCUCUUUGGAGCAGUUUCGUUGCGACCCCUAUGUCAUCAAGGCCGAGGGGGCUAUGGCUUCCAAAAUGGCCCUCAUGGCAACGACUCAUUCCAGACACAUCUCUAUCAACAUGGAAGAAACGACAUUACUAUUAGAAACUCAGAGUGUAGAGAAGGAAAAGCAAACGGUGGAUUGGUGGAGUAAAUUCUAUGUUUCGGUGGGAGAGCAUGAAAAAUGUGGACCUUACCUCAAGAAAGGAUAUGACACUCUCAAAGUGUAUGACCGCGAACUGGAAGACAUAACACAAUUUGAAGGGCUGACAGAUUUCUGCAGCACCUUUAAACUACAGCGAGGCAAAAACGAGGAUGGCGAUGAUGACCCGAGUGUCGUCGGAGAGUUCAAGGGCUCGUUUAAAGUGUACCCCCUGCCAGAUGACCCAGGUGUCAGCGCUCCUCCAAGACAAUUCCGAGAGCUGCCAGAUAGUGGACCUCAGGAGUGUCUGGUCAGGAUUUAUGUGGUCCGAGCCAUCGAUCUGCAACCGAAAGACAAUAACGGCAGAUGUGAUCCAUACAUGAAGAUAUCCCUUGGAAAAAACACAAUUGAUGACAGAGACCACUACCUCCCCAACACAACCAAUCCUGUGUUUGGAAGGAUGUUUGAGAUGACGUGUUUCCUGCCUCAAGACAAGGACCUGAAAAUCUGCGUAUAUGACUACGACCUGUUGAGUCGUGAUGAGAAGGUCGGGGAGACUGUGAUCGACUUGGAGAACCGCUUCUUGUCGCGUUACAACUCUUACUGCGGCCUGCCACAAACCUACUGCACUUCUGGAAUCAACCAGUGGCGGGACCAGCUCAAACCCUCUGAGAUCUUGGACAACCUUGCUCGUCUUAAAGGCUAUUCCAAACCCAGGAGUGAAGACAAUGGCAAUUCGCUCACCUUCAAUGGAAAACAAUAUGUGCUAGCCCAGUUUGAGGACAAACAGCAGUUUCAUGAACACCUGGGUCCAGCCUGCGAACGUUUGUGUCUGCACGUCCUGCGAACACAAGGAUUGGUACCUGAGCAUGUGGAGACCAGGACACUGUACAGCAGUUUUCAGCCCAAUCUGUCCCAGGGAAGGCUUCAGAUGUGGGUGGACGUUUUCCCCAAAAGCAUGGGUCCGCCUGGCCCACCGUUUGACAUCACACCACGAAAGCCAAAGAAGCAUUUCCUGCGUGUCGUCAUUUGGAACACGACGGACGUGACUCUGGAUGAGACUAGUGUCACCGGAGAGAGCAUGAGUGACAUUUACGUCAAAGGUUGGAUGCCAGGAAUGGAGGAGGACAAACAGAGGACCGAUGUCCACUAUAGGUCUCUGGACGGAGAUGGCAACUUCAACUGGAGGUUUGUCUUUGAAUUCGACUACCUUCCUGCAGAGCAACUCUGCCUUGUCUCCAAGAAGGAGCACUUUUGGAGCUUAGACAAAACUGAGUUCAGGAUCCCACCCAAGCUGACCAUCCAGAUAUGGGAUAAUGACAAAUUCUCACUGGAUGAUUAUCUUGGAACUCUUGAACUCUAUUUGAACAACUUGCUUCCCCCUGCCAAGACGCCAGAGAAGUGUUCACUGUCCAUGAUGGAUGAUGUGGACACAGAUGUGCCACACAAGCCUGAACCUGCCAAGUGUCUGUUUACUCAGAAAUCAGUGAGGGGCUGGUGGCCCUGUUCCAUUGAGCGGGAUGGGCACAAGAGCUUGGGGGGUAAAGUGGAAAUGACUUUAGAAAUUGUGAGUGAAGCUGAAGUGGAUGAAAAGCCAGCAGGAAAAGGCAGGGAUGAACCCAACAUGAACCCAAAAUUGGACCCUCCCAAGCGCCCCGAAACCUCAUUCUUUUGGUUCACCAACCCGUGCAAGACCAUGAAAUUCAUCGUGUGGAGAAGGUUCCGGUGUCUCUUCAUUGCAGUCAUCAUUCUUACUAUUGUGAUUCUCUUCCUUGCCAUCUUAUUGUAUUCGCUACCAAACUAUAUCUCAAUGAAGAUUGUGAAGCCAUUAAAAUAAUGUCCAGCAAUCAAGUUUCAGUCAACCCAAGACUGUCAAAAGGGUCAGAGGAAUGUUAAAUUUUUUUUUUUUUUUUUUUUC